AUCUUAUAUGGGUGGGGAGACUAUGGGGAUAAAAGAAGUGAUACUUAUGUCUAACUGGGAGUGGAGCCCAAGCAUUCUUGAGCGUUAUCACCUGCAAGAAGACCAAGAAACAAAUGAUAAACUGUGAGUUCCAUCCCAGACCUCUUGGCCAGUGACAGACCAGAGACAUUCGGUACAAUGAAUGCCCUGCAUUUUGGUGCUAUGUUCUUUUGCUUCAUCAGUCUUCUGUGCCUGCUCGCUGCUUUGAGUUCAGACUAUUGGAUAGUGGAUUCCAGCAACAAUCUUGGUUUAUGGAAAUUUUGUGAACACGGAACAUGUCAUUCACUAGGUGUGGAAUUUGUGCCAGCCUAUUUACAUGCCACCCGAACCUUUAUGUUUCUGGGGAUGAUUGCUGGAGCUGCCUCUCUCGUUGGGCUUUGCACUCUGAAUAAAAACUGCAGUCUUGGCAAUACCAGUAUCCCCAUGGGCUGGAUUGCAUAUAUUGGCAGCUUUAUGGCAGGCUUCUGCAUCCUGAUUGCCAUGUCCAUUUUCUCAGGAAAGAUUGGUUCCACCAACCGAUAUGGAUGGUCUUUUGGCUUGGGCUGGGCCUCUUUUCCAUUGUACCUUCUAACUGGUUCUCUUCUUUAUAUGUUGCAUAAGAGUACAGCAACAUCAGGAUAGGAGAAAUAUGAUACUGCCUUUGGAGAUGACCAGUGAAACUGCACUGGUAAUCUUGGGGCACAGUGUUAUGUGGUUUUUUUUAUUCUUUAUCUUUUGUAUCUUGAUGUAAUAAAAUUAGAUCAGUAAAGACA